CUACUCCAUUCAGUCAGUCGAGAGAAAUUCGAGUAUUCUUCUUCUUCUUCACAGUUAAGUGAAACUGGAAAAAUCCAAAGCCCUUAGGUCAAACUUGGUUUGAUUGAAUAUCUUUUAGAUUAGUGGAGACGUUUUUGAUUGAUGAUCGAUUCAGAUAUUCAAGGAAACUGGAUUUCGCCAAACAAUUACUUCCAGGGGUUUUAAGGAGGGUAUUUACAAGUCAACUAAAACUCUAACUUAGAGAAAUGCAGAGACUUGCUUCUUUCUCUCGAUCACUAAAAUCAACGAGAGGAUUCUGCACAGCCAAUGCUGAUAAGAUCGUUGCUGCUGUGUUAUUUGAGAGAUUACCAGUUGUUGUUCCAAAGAUUGACCCAGUGGUCUAUGCAUUUCAAGAAUUCUCGUAUCGGUGGGGACAGCAAUAUCGGCGGAAGUAUCCUGAUGAUGUUUUAGGAAAAUCUGAUGCCAGGGGGAAAGGUGACAUCCAAAUUGAAUAUGUACCAGCUCCACGGAUAACUGAAGCAGACAAGAAUAAUGACAGAAAGUCACUACAGAGAGCGCUUGAUAGAAGACUUUAUCUUCUUCUCUAUGGAAACAGCUACGAGUCUCCUGCAGGAAAGCCUGUCUGGCAUUUUCCAGAAAAAGUCUAUGAGAAGGAAGAGACAUUGCGUAAGUGUGCAGAGUCGGCACUACAAUCUGUUAUUGGGGAUCUUUCACAUACAUACUUUGUUGGAAAUGCUCCUUUUGCUCACAUGAUUAUACCUCCGAAAGAGGAUUCAAAUGACGUUCCAUCACUCAAGAGGUUCUUUUUCAAGUCUCAAGUAAUUGCUGCUAACAAGUUUAACGUCGGGAAAUGUGAGGACUAUGUUUGGGUGACCAAGGACGAGUUGCUGGAGUAUUAUCCUGAGCAAGCAGCUUUCCUUAAUAAGAUGAUCAUUAGCUGAUUUGGGUUAUAAUAAUUCUUUGAUGAAUCCUCAAUUAGGUUUCGUAUCACACAGCAUUAUUUUGCUUUCCUUUUGGUUCAGAAAGCCUAAUUUAUGUUUUUGGUACUGAAAUUAAGCUGUGUCAAUAUUUUUGCCUCCCUUUUUGUGGAUCCAAAAUUUUGUUCAACAAUUCUCUCCUUGUUUCAAAUAGCCUGUAUGGUUUUCCCCUUUAACAUAAAAAUAAACAACUGCUAUUCUACUGAUUUAAAUGUCUGUUCUCUUUGGAA